AUGAUGAAGAAGAAGGUGAAGAGAAAGAGGCUGAUGACAAUGCUCAGCAAAAGGGAGAGAAGUAAAGCACAAGCUGAUAAACUGUGGAAGGAAACUGAAGAAGCGGAUGAAGAAGAGGUUGGAGGGAAACAUGAUGAAGAAGAAAGUGAAGAAAAAGAGGCUAAAACCAGUGAGAAAGAGAAGGAGAACAGUGAGGAUGAUGAGAAAGUUGAAGAAAAAGUGGUGGAAUUUGAGGCUGAAGGCGAAGACGAUCAAGCGUUGAAGGGAAAGAAGAUCAAGAAGAAGAAGUUGAAGAGAGAGAGUCUGAAAUCAGAGAGAAAGAAAAGGAGAAAAGUGAGACUGAUGAGGUGGAAUUUGAGGCUCGAGAGGCAGAGAUAG